AUGUCCGGCACCGGACGGCCGCUGCUCGCAGCUCGAACGUCUAGCGGAGAAAAAGACAGCGCUGGAAACACAUCGCCCGGCCCUCAUCGUCCGCAUGGCGCUUCACGGGCUAAGCGCACCCUGAUCGAGAGCGCAUGCUCAGCCUGUCGACGGAGGAAGUCUCGAUGUGACGGCCUGAGGCCAACAUGUUCCCGCUGUCAGAAUCUGCGCACCGACUGCCACUACGAGGCUGAGGAAGGCGAAAGCCGCUGGUCUGCGCUGCGUCGUCGAAAUCAGAUCCUCGAGGCUGAACGUGAUCAACUCCGAGAGCUCAUGGCCUUUGUGCAAAAUCGUCCAGAAGCCGAAGCGCAAGACAUCUUCCAGCGCAUCCGCAGCAGCAGCUACGACGAUGUCUUCAUGCUGCUGCGCGCAAUCAAGGACGGCGCCAUGAACAUGCAACAGCCACCUUCCGCCAUGACCGCCAUGAACGUGCCCGGCUUGCCAACGGCAGCUUCAGGGGUUGACCAACGACUUCCUCCUAUUCAUGCCAUCUUCGACCAUCCUCGGCGUCCUUCGCCACCGGCCCAUCUGGUCCACAAUCACUCACUCAGCUCAGAAGAUAGCACGGGAUCAAUGCCUAGCGAGUUGGCCACCAACAUGUCAACGCCCGUACCCGGUGCCGGACCGCCACCAGUACAUCGAGCGCCUCUCAACACUCUCGAACCAAGCCUGCAACAACAUCCUCACGGCUACAUGCGGGGUACUCCCGCAACGCUGAGCUCCGAAGAGAGCACCUCAUCUGUGCUUUCCACCUCAUUAGACGGACCUCCCAAUUUUCCUCCACCUCAAGAAAGAUCCGUUGCAGGCCCUGAUCCGCCCCAGGACGAACGCCUCCCAUACUACGUCAACGGACAGCACGUGCCUGGCCAGCAUGGAGGACCUUACUACAACUAA